UUUCUUUCUUUCUUUUUUUUUUUUUAGUCUUAUUUGUUUUGGAAACCCUGUCGGGCUCCAAAGGCAAUGGGUUCCCGGCUCCUCCGGAGCGCGACCCCAGCAGCCUUUCCCGUGUCGAAUCUGGCGCUCGGAACGUCCAGGCUUCACGGCGGCCCGGAACCUGGAAGGGGCGGGGUGGGCAGCCUGGAGUUUAAUGUUUAAUUACGCGCGGGGGAAGCACGGCCCUUCGGACUUUGGCGUCUGGAGGAAGGCUUAUCGUAGGCGGGAGCGAGUGUGGCGCAGGUCCGGGCUGGCCGGGGCCCGCUCUGAGCCAGUGGGGCGACGCACGUUGGUCCAACCGGCGCCCUCGGCCCCCGGCCCCCAGCCCUUGGGAGCUCGCGCAACAUGGCGGCCCCCGGAGCGCGCGGGGCGAGCCUCUCGGGCCUGCUGCCCGCGCAGACCUCGCUCGAAUACGCCCUGCUGGACGCCGUCACCCAGCAGGAGAAGGACGAGCUGGUCUACCAGUAUCUGCAGAAGGUAGACGGCUGGGAGCAGGACCUAGCGGUGCCCGAGUUUCCGGAAGGACUAGAAUGGCUGAACACGGAAGAGCCUCUUUCCAUUUACAAGGACCUGUGUGGGAAAGUGGUUAUCCUUGAUUUCUUCACCUACUGCUGCAUUAACUGUAUCCAUGUGCUGCCUGACCUCCAUGCCCUGGAGCGCAGAUUCUCUGAUAAAGAUGGCCUUCUGAUUGUCGGCGUUCACUCAGCUAAGUUUCCAAAUGAAAAGGUCCUGGACAAUAUCAAGAGUGCUAUCCUUCGAUACAACAUCACCCAUCCUGUGGUUAACGACACAGAUGCCAGCCUUUGGCAAGAGCUUGAAGUCUCCUGCUGGCCAACACUGGUCAUACUGGGACCCCGUGGAAACCUGCUGUUUUCUUUGAUUGGAGAAGGACACAAAGAUGAACUAUUUUCAUAUACGUCUAUUGCUUUAAAGUAUUACAAAGACAGGGGACAGAUCAGAGAUGGAAAAAUCAGAAUAAAACUUUUUAAAGAGUCUCUGCCGCCUUCACCGUUGCUGUUCCCUGGCAAGGUAGCAACAGACCGUGCUACUGGUCGGCUGGUGGUAGCAGACACAGGCCACCACAGAAUCUUGGUCAUCCAGAAGAAUGGGCAGAUUCAGUGCAGCAUUGGAGGACCUAAUCCUGGAAGGAAAGAUGGGAUGAUUUCAGAGUCGUCUUUUAAUUCUCCACAGGGUGUAGCUAUAGCAGAUAAUGUCAUCUAUGUGGCCGACACUGAAAACCACCUUAUAAGAAAGAUAGACCUCGAAGCUGAGAGGGUGACUACUGUAGCCGGCGUUGGUGUUCAAGGCACAGAUAAGGAAGGGGGCGAGGAGGGAGAGAAGCAGCCCAUCAGCUCCCCAUGGGAUGUCGCGCUUGGGACCUCAGGUUCAGAAGUCCCAAGAAAUGACAUCCUGUGGAUAGCUAUGGCAGGGACUCAUCAGAUAUGGGCACUACUCCUGGACUCUGGCACACUGCCAAAGAAAAGUGACCUCAAAAAAGGAACCUGCCUUCGUUUUGCUGGAAGUGGAAAUGAAGAAAACCGAAACAAUGCAUAUCCUCACAAGGCAGGCUUUGCCCAGCCGUCAGGCCUGGCUCUCGCCUCAGAAGAACCCUGGAACUGCCUCUUUGUGGCCGACAGCGAGAGCAGCACUGUGAGGACCGUCUCGCUGAGAGACGGAGCUGUGAAGCACCUCGUAGGCGGAGAGCGAGACCCCAUGAAUUUAUUUGCUUUUGGUGAUGUUGAUGGAGUAGGCAUCAAUGCGAAGCUUCAGCAUCCACUUGGGGUUGCAUGGGAUGAGAAGAGGCAACUGCUCUAUGUGGCAGACUCCUAUAAUCACAAGAUUAAAGUUGUGGAUCCAAAAACAAAAGGCUGUAGAACGUUAGCGGGGACUGGAGAGGCCAGUGAUGGCAGUUCCAGCUUUGCGGAGUCAGCCUUUAAUGAGCCCGGAGGCUUGUGCAUUGGUGAGAGUGGUCGGCUGUUAUAUGUAGCGGACACUAAUAAUCACCAAAUUAAAGUGAUGGAUUUAGAAGCAAGAACAGUUUCUGUGCUCCCAGUCUGCAAGUCUGACAGCGCUGUGGUGGACGGCUCCCUCCCCAGAGAGAAGCAGAAGACAGUGCCCAGGGUGCCGAAGUCCGCCCCACACAUCGGCCUGCCCCCUGUGACAGUGCAUCCUGGCCAGGCUCUGCAGCUCAGGCUCAGGCUCCAGCUUCCCUCAGGCGCAAAGCUGACUGAAGACGCACCCAGCUGCUGGUUCCUGAAAGCUGAAGGCAAUGAAUGGCUUCUUCAAGAACAGAUCCCAUCUGGAGACAUAGAGAAUAUUUCCAAUCAACCGACAAUUUCCCUGCAGAUUCCUACCGAUUGCUUGUCACUGGAAGCUGUGGUGUCUGUCAUUGUGUUUCUUUAUUACUGCAGUGCAGGCAGCAGUGCAUGUAUGAUGAAAGGAGUCGUGUUCAGGCAGCCUUUGCAGAUAACCAGCACCCAACCAGUCUGUGCAGCUCCUGUAGAGCUCACAUACACAUUCUAGAAAGCUGGCCAGCAGCCCUCACCACAGGCCCUGUCCAUCCUGCCAUCCGUCGUUUAGGGAAAAAAGAAUUACAGAAACCCAUUGCUCAGUUGUAACAACUGAUACCAAAAUAAAGCUGUGUUCCUUAUUAAUAUUCUAAUUAUAAACAAAUUUCAUUUUAGCUGUGUGCUAGCCAAGCCAUUGACCAUCAUUUAACCACAGCGCGGUAAGCUUUGCUGUUAUUUGACACAAGGCGACAGUCCAUGCUGUAUCAGAGAUUAUAUUUGUAGUCAAAACUAAUCAUGCCAGAUAUCUUAAAUAAUCUCUUCUGCCUUUAUCAGUAUCAAUUAGCCAUUUCACAUGUAAAUUUCCAGUAACUUGAGAUGGGCCUAAGCUGUGCACCUUUGUGUCAGGACACCUGCCAUUUAGUGUCUAAGAUCUGCUUAAAGCCAGAACAAAAAGUAUUCAUUUGGUAGAAACAGAGCAUGUGACUAUCUCCUGUGAUUUUUCUCACUUGAGGUAUUUUUAAAAGAGAGUUUUAAUCUAUUUUUAUUAUAAAUUAUUUGUUUUAACAUUCCAUUAUUAAUGCCUUAUAACUUUAUAUAAAAAAGAAAAAAAUAUAUAGAAUUUCUAAGGGCACGCAGACUUACCUUUAACUAUAUUUUAAUAAGCAUAUUCCUGCAGGCAGUGCCUAGCUCCCCAGAAGCACGCUGACUGGGGGUGGAGACUGUGCUGUAUUGCUGUGUGUGUUGGUUUAUUGUAGUAGUUGAGCUUGAUAUAAAUGAGCAUCAUGCUAUUUUGGAAAUUUACAUUUCAGUUUUAAGAGUUAAGUAAUAGAAUUGUUGGGUUUGAGAUUUUUGUUAUUAUUUUGGUUCCCAUAUUUAGAAUUUAAAUUAUGAUCAUUAAUUUUGAUAUUUUGAAAAAUCAUAUAUAAACCUUCAAUUUUCUAUUUUCAGGGUAAAAUAUUUUAAUGUAAUUGACGGGUACAGUUAUACUAAUAUACUUCCAAAACAGUGCCAGUACAUCACUGUGUGUUUCAGCCCUAGUAUUUUUAAAUACUGAAUCUAGUAUUUUUAAAUUACUAGGGCUGAAACACACAGUGAUGUACUGGCACUGUUUGGGUGUUUGUUUUCUUUAAAGCCAGAAGAGAGCACUGGAGGGCACUGGAGAGGUUUGGUUCCCGUUGUUCCUUUAGCUAUCAUAGAUUAUCAUCAUAGCAGCUGCAGAGCUUUGUUUUUCUAGAACUGAGUGGAUUACAAGACUCCAGAAGCACUAUUUGAGCCCCGCCUAUGAAUUCAGUCUGUAUCUGUGGAUGCUGCCUCCCUUCCUUCCACAGAGGCCCUAGGUUUGAAGUAGAAUCAUUCAAGCAUAGUCUAUUGAUAGAUUUUUGAAGUAGUUUUUUGAUAGAUAAUAUUUGCUUGUUUUAUUGUUCAGUUAGCUAAAAAAAGAAAAUCUAAAAAAAAACUUCCUGACUUCAGUUAGUAAUUUGUAAUAGCUAUUUCUCAGGAGCAGAGCAAGCGAGCGAGCAUAAAAGGGAAGGGUUUAGAGUUACACAUGGCUACCCAGGAACCUUUGCUUCUAGACCCAACCAAAGCAGAGGUGUGUAACUACAGUCAAUAGCUGAUAGUCUGUGAUGAGGGCGCCUUAGGAUAUUUCAGCCCUGUUUGAUUUGUUGGAUUCCUCAUUUCCAGUUGGACAGGAUGAGAAUAUUUUGGCUCAGUCAUUUCCUGUUUGAGAACAUAAUCAGUUUCACUCUCUAAAACGGUAUAUAUAGCUUAACUUGUGUGGAAAUGAUUUUUUACUCUGAAAAUACAAGCGUGUAUUCUGUAGUUUCAUGUACCUUGAAAAUCCCCAAAUUCUCUUUAGAAUCACUUGAUUUUUUCCCUUUGCCUGGGUAGGCUCUUACUUGAGUCUUCAGUGACUGAGGGAUGCACAGUGGCUACACACUCCCACCACCUCUCUGCACUGCUGCUCACACUAGAAUGUUAGUGGUGAUGGACAUAGAAAGUCCUCAGUGAGCAGAGCACAUGGUUUACCGGGACCAGGAGUGAGUGACAGAUAGGCACCCACAGGACCAGGAGUGACAGACAAGCACCCACAGGACCAGGAGUGACAGACAAGCACCCACAGGAGGAAGUGGAAGUUGUGAUGCUUCUGAAGCUGCAGCGCCUUCUCUUUUCUCUGAGAGCUUUGUGCUUGCCCUGUGACCUGUCUGCCUUGGGGCUCAUACCACUAAGAUAAGUUAUUUGGGCCUAUUUUUUGCAGUUUGGGAAAUCUGGGAGACAAAAUGAAAAUGUGUAACUAUAGUUUUUGCGCCUAGGCAGAACUGACCAUUUUUUUCUAUCCAUUGAGAAGUCUUCAGCUCAGCCUUUGCCUUUGGCAUGGUGAUGUUUAAGACCGGUCACCAACGGUCAGAGCUGUUACUCAUUUGGAAGGUGUUUCUUUGGCAUGUGCAGAGGCCCUGGGUUCCUUCGUCAGGGGAAAGGAAAUCAGGAAAAGCUAAGUUUUGUAGUGAUCAGUGACAUAAAGCCACGUGCAGGGACUGUCACUGAAGCUCUAAAUGAACAAGCCCGUGCUGUCUCACUGGAAUUCUACCUCUGUAUUCUCAAUGAUCAGAGAUGCUAAAGUAAUCUGAACUGUAAGCACUAAUAGCUUCUCUAAAGCCACUUCUGGUACCAAAGAUGGGGGUCUAUGUAGAGUCCUCUCAUUUACCAGUUUCCUUUAAAGUUGGAGUUGGUGAGGACAGGGAUAAGUACGGGGUUUUAUUAUUUAGCACAGUACGGUGGCAGGAGGGUGGAUCUCGCCCUGUAGAGCAGGGCUGCUGGACCAAGCCUGGGCUUGCAGCCAGGCCUCAGUGAAAUGCUCACACGGCAUUUAGCAUGGAGUAAUUUAUGAACUGCUAUUUAAAUGACAGUAAUUUAUGGCCACAGACAUGGGCUUGAGAUUUUUUUUUUUUUUUUACAACUCGAGUUUCUAAAGCAAAAUAUUUCUCCACCACUUGACAUGUUAGCAGUCCCAGUACAAUCCAGGCUCAAGAAGAAAAAGAACACUUUAUGGUAGAAUGUAUUACCAUUUCAUAAACAAUAUUGUUUAUAAAGAAGCACCUCUCUACUGUAUUGAAGUAUUUAAAAAGACCUGGAACUAUAAUGAAUGUGGUUUUUUUCAAAGAGGGUCCAGACAUAGCUGGAGACACACUACACUCUUAACAACUUGUACAAGAAUCUUCAAAUUAUAACUUGUGUACCCUGGGGUGGUGCGCUCACCCUGGGGUGGUGCUCUCUUCAAUCUUCAGUGUACUUGAGAAUAAUAUUAGGGACUGCGUAGGUGUGUACAUUCCCGAAAAGAAAGCUGCUAUGGCAUGUUGGUAGCUUGUGUGGAGGUUGGGAAGCUCCUGGGAAGUGCCCAGUGCCUAGAACAGGACCUAGUGUGCGCGUGCUGGGUGUCCUCGCUGACUCAAGUGUGGCUGUGAGCAACAGAACUUGACUGAGGCUCCCUACAAAGGGAAAGUGAGAACUUACCCCUGGCCUUCAAUGUGGGCAGAAGGACGCUUCCACUCAUUGAGUUCUUGCCACUGGCUGGGACUUUCCCAGUACUUUGUGUGUGCCGCCCACAUGCAGGCCUCACAGCAGCCUCAGGGUGGAGGAUGGUCCUUCCUCCUUGAAGCCAGGGUUUGAGCAGUUACCUCAGCACCCAAGAGUGCACUUAGGAAGUGGCAGAGCCUGGACAGUUGUCUGCCCCACUGCCUGCUCUGUUGUCUCUCAGACUUGCAAGUUCACAUAUUUCAUACCUUUAUGUAGUAAUUUAUCAAUCCAGAAGAUUCCAGGAGCCCUGGGAAUGAUUGAUUGUGAAAUUCAUUUAAAUUCAUUAAAGCCAUUUAACUCACAUGGCUUCUCAAAGGUUCUCAUCAUCUAGGUCUUGGAAUGGUGUAUAUAACCAUUGGUUCCCCUAACUCACAUGGCUUCUCAAAGGUUCUCAUCAUCUAGGCCUUGGAAUGGUGUAUAUAACCAUUGGUUCCCCUAACUCACAUGGCUUCUCAGAGUUUCUCAUCAUCUAGGCCUUGGAAUGGUGUAUAUAACCAUUGGUUCCCCUAACUCACAUGGCUUCUCAAAGGUUCUCAUCAUCUAGGUCUUGGAAUGGUGUAUAUAACCAUUGGUUCCCCUAACUCACAUGGCUUCUCAAAGGUUCUCAUCAUCUAGGCCUUGGAAUGGUGUAUAUAACCAUUGGUUCCCCUAACUCACAUGGCUUCUCAAACGUUCUCAUCUUCUGGGCCUUGGAAUGGUGUAUAUAACCAUUGGUUCCCAGAGGAUUUUCUCUGCCCUUAAUUUCUGUAACUAGCCAGUUUUUCUUGGCAGGAGUAUGUAUAGACAUCCCAGUUAGCUCAGCAGGACUGUCCCAGCGGCCCGUCAUAAAGAACAUGGCUGGUGCAGGCCUUGAGAAGUCUGCCAUAUCUGACACAAUGUGUUUUGUGAACCAAGGUGAGGUGUGGAGGAAUAAAGUCCUCUGCCUUCCUACAGCCUUAAUGGUCUGGUGUGCUCUGGUCCCUAAUGGUCCCUAGUGACUCAGUGUGGGCGUGUGAGACAAAAUGCCCCACAUAUGCCAGUGGAGGUUUUAGGAGCAUCCUGGUGCAGCGUCUGUCCAUUGUGAGGAAGAGUGAAGCAGUACUGUGGUUCAGUGAGGCGCGAGCCACAUGGGUCAGAAAUGCCAUCUGAUAGUGACAGUAGUCACAUACCUUGAGGCAGACCUCAGUGCUAAUCACCAGGAUUGCUUUUUCCACCUGUGUUUCAAAGCUGAAGUGAAGAAUUAGCACUCACCAAGUCACUGUUUUACCCGGGCUUAAUGAAGUUUGCUUUUCUCCAGUUCUUUGCAAUAGGGUAAUAGACAGAAUGGUCAUAAAAGUUAGAGGCUUGAUAAUCAAGCCACGUGGCAUUCUGGGGCUAAUCAACCUUGUCUCCUGCCUGUGUUGACUUGUGUAGGCUGGUGCCUCAGCUCUUGAGUGGCCGCUAUGAGCACACAGGCUGGGCUGGAAUAGGACACAGCCCUGCCUGCAGGUUUUGCUAGGAUAGCUUUUGCCAUAGCGUGGUCCUUUGGUUUAAUCAUUGUCAGGGGUUAGAGUUGAAAAGCGAAAACCCUGGAUGCUUGUGGAAUGUGUGGCUAGGUGUAGUUACUCAUUGUCUGGUGUCCUUUCCUCCCCGUGUGUCAUUCCUGUGUGCCUGUGGACACUGCUCUCGACAGUCUCCUGACCCAAAGGAAAGUAUUUUCCAAUACACUUCCACCUGUGUCCACCCUCAGCUUUGGCUUAGAAAUGAAUACUGAACCUAGGUACUAUAGUGUCUGGCCUGGCUCAGAAAUGGAUGCGAGCAGUAUUGCUGUCUUAAAGUGAAAUCUGAAGCUCUAAGUGUGGUGCUUGUAGGUUGCUUAGUUUCAGCUUUCCACAUGAAAUUAAUCAGAAGGGAAGUGAAGAUCCACCCUCUGAGAUACGGACAAUUUAAAGAGAAUUUUUAUUAUUCUGUACCUAAUUUCAUGAGAAAAUAUGAUGAGAUAAAUAAGAUCAAACAAUCAGUAAAUUAUACCCAUGGGGAUGAAAGUGCCUAAGUUCCUAGCAUAGCCAUUGAAGACUUCCUGUCUCUGUUUUUAGUUCCACAAGAAAUAUAAUUGUUGACACAGAGUUGGAAUGUGUUAUCAGUGCCUACCUGUGAUAUCAUCAUUGGGAGUUACCUGCAAAAACUCAGCCAGAGCCCGACUCAGCCCGGUGACCUCCACUCUCAGAAACAGCUGUAGUUCCUGUAGAGCCUUUGCUGGGGAGCUGGGGUUCCACGGGGACUCAAGUGGGGAGCAUGGUGCAAUGAUUAUUUUUCUAAAAUUCCUUGUAACUUCUCAGUUUUCUACAGCAGAGAACACUACCUGUAUGACAUCAGGUUGGCUUCCUCACUGUGCACAGGCUGAUAGUAUAGCUUUAGGUCACUUAGGAGACACCAUUACUGUCAUUACUUCCUGCCUUAGGGAAUCGGGACCUCUGUCUGUCACUCCUUCGAGGUGUGCUUCAUGGAUGAUCACAUCACGUUGGAGUGCUUCAUGGAUGAUCACAUCACGUUGGAGAUUCUUGCCAUCUUGUAUGGGUAAAUGGUGUCAUUUAAUUUGUGAGCCUAGAGGUACUCUGCCAUGAUGAUGUCAUGCCUAAACAAUGUGGUGAAAAUCUCAUACAAGUUCAGAACUAGUGUUUCUAGACACGACUUUGUCCUGGAAGGAUUUCCUUGUUAUGCAUUUUAAAGUGUUUGUAGAUGGGUUAAUAUAUUUUUAUGCAAUCUAUUUUACACUUAUUUCUAGACCAAACUCUUAGUGGCUUCUUCACGUGCAUUACUGGGUGGAUCAGAGCUUCACUAACAUGAGACGUGUGGAACCGAGGGUCGAGGAAGCACGAGUGUGUUCCUUGUACUUGCAAACCUAAAGCUCUUCCAAAGCUUUGUACUUUUUUUCAUGAAACAGAUUAAAUAUUUUUCUCUCCAAA